AUGACGACCCCAUAUAACUCUCUCACAACACCCCCCACCCCUCACGUCCCCGCUUCGCCCAGCGAUCUCCGAGGUUCGCUCGUGUCGACAGCACCUGGUUCGCCUCCACUAUCCUCCUCUGACGGCAGCAUGACUGACAGCCUAGCAACGCUGGCUCCUGUUCAGCACCAGCAGCCAGAGUAUGACAAUGGCUCGUCAUCCGCCCAUCCAACAACCCACCAUGCGCCAUACGCGUACGAGAAGCGGCCGCGUGGCGUUCUUGCUUACCUCGCGUAUGCAGCACUGCACACCCCGCCGUCAUUCUUUGCCAUCAACAUGGGAACGGGCAUCGUCUCGAUCCUCUUGCACAACUUUCCAUACCCCGCCCGCUGGCUCCAAUACCUCGGCACCAUUGUCUUUGUGCUCAAUGUGGUCAUCUUCGUGGCGCUCUUUUCCGCGACGAUUGCCCGCUACUGUAUCUGGAGCGGCGUAUUCAUGAUCACAGCCAAGCAUAACCUGAACAGCAUGUUCUGGGGCACUUUCCCCAUGGGCUUUGUGACGAUUGUCAACAUGAUCGCCAUUGUCUGCGUUCCCGCCUGGGGCAGCAAGUGGGCCUCCCUUGCGCUCGGCCUGUGGUGGAUCGACAUUGCCGUCGCUGUGCUGGUCAACUUUGGCACCGUCUUCCUGUUGUUCACAAAACAGCACCAAACAGAACUAUCCGUGUCACCGGCCUGGCUCCUGCCUGUUGUCUCGACCGUCGUCGCGGCCGCGUCCGGGUCCAUCGUCGCACAGUCCCUCAUGCCCUUCAACCCAAACCUUGCGCGUGCGACACUGCUCGCGUCGUAUGUCAUCUGGGGGACAGGUGUGCCGCUUGCGUUCAUGGUCAUCACCAUCGUCGUGUAUCGUAUGGCGCUCCACGGCCCGCCACCACACACGCUUCUCGCGUCCGUGUUCCUCCCUCUCGGUCCCUGUGCGCAAGGCGCGUUUGGUAUCGUCAACAUGGGAGUGACCGCGCGCCAGCUGGCCUACGAACACAGCACGCCAAUCAUUCCCGGGAUGGCACUCGAGGCAUCCCUGCACAUUGCAGACGCAAUGUACGCUGGCGGUAUCGUUGCAGGCCUUAUCCUCUGGGGUCUCGCAUUGCUCUGGUACACCCUCGGUAUCGCUCUGUUCCUUGACGGAUGGAGGAAGGACUGGUCGCUCCUGGGCACCGGCAAGUUUACUGUGGGCUAUUGGUCCCUCACUUUCCCUAUUGGAGUCUUUUCCACUGCGUCAUUAGCCCUAGGCACUGAACUGCAGUCGACGGCGUUCAAGGUCAUUGCCGCCUUCCUGGCAGUCCAAGUGGUGCUGCACUGGAUCUUUGUUUCAGUUGGCACCUUGUGGACCUUCCGCGACGGCACGUUGUUCUCGUCUCAAAAGUUUGAGACAGAGGACGCGCCCCACAUUGGCCAGCGCUGGCACCGCGAGGACUGGCCCAAGACCCAUACGUCCGAUAUUGAAGCGAGGCCCGGCAAGCAGGCAACCGAGGUGGCGUGCGAGAUCCCAUAA